CAUCGCUGCGUGGUCGUGUACGGUACUUCCCAACCAACUUCAGCACAGUGAGUAAACUAAUUGAGAUUUUGAGAGGAAACCACGGAAAUCGAAAAACGAUUACAGGAAAACAUUUUCACUGGUCAAGCCAAUUCUGGAAGUAUGGACGAUUUAGACGCUUUGUUGGCGGACCUGGAAUCCACGACGUCCAACAUCUCCAAGCGUCCUGUGUUCCUGUCUGAGGAGACCCCCUACUCCUUCCCCACUGGAGGGAACUCCUACCAGGAUGUGUCAGUCCCUCCCCCGGUGCCGCCCCCUCCCUCGGCUGAGGCUCUGAAUGGCUCUGUGAUAGACUCCCUGGACUCCCACCACUCCUCCCAACAGUCCUUGGGUUCAGCUCCAAAGAGCUCAUGGUCCAAGGACAGUAGCAGCCCGCCCCUGUCCCACAUUGAAGAGGACCACGUCUACAGUUUCCCCAACAAACAGAAGUCUGCUGACCAGUCUGCAGCUGCCAUGAGCUCAGCUCUGGGCAGUAACCUGUCAGAGCUGGACAGGCUGCUCCUGGAGCUCAACGCUGUCCAGCAGAACUCUCCCUCCUUCCCCACCACAGAGGAAACCGCCCCACCCCUGCCGUCCUGCAGCAUAACCCACUAUGUGCAGGAGAACGGGGGUCCCCCUGACAUCAUGGUGAGCCCUCCGUCUCAGGAGAAGACCAAACUGAACGGGACCCAGACGGUGGAGGAGGACCGGCCCACUGUGGAGAGUCUGCUGGAUGAGCUGGAGGUCUCUGUACCCACUCCCAGCCCCAGCCCCUCUGUCCUUCACAGUGAGUUGGACUCUUCCUCUCAGCAGCAGGCCAGAAUGUCAGCUUCCUGUGCCACACGUGAACUUGAUGAGCUCAUGGCCUCCCUUUCUGACUUCAAGCCUGUCCUCGGCUCCUUGGGGUCUAUGAACUCUGACCUCCAGCUUGAUCAGGCAGGAACUUCCCCCAGCAUCACUCUGGAGGUCCAUCCUCUUCCACGUACCCCCUCCUCCCUUGCUGCAGCUGCCCCCUCCUCCCUCUUAACCUCUCAACCUGCCUGUGACUCUCCUCUCUUCUCUCUACCUGCCUGGGAGCUGCACAUAGAGGAGGAAUGUGGGGACUCAGGGGGGGCAGUGUCCCCUCCACAUCCCUCAUUAUCAAGCCCUCCCCCAGCAACUGUAACCUCCCAGAGCCCCCUGUCAUUUGCAGAGAGUGACCCAGAACCAAAUGUGGUCAUCGACGUCUCUGCCACCAUGCUGUCCUCUCGUCAGAAAUCUCUGGUAGUCCUCAACCACUCCAACCCUUCACCUAGCACAUACGCCAGUCCUCCUAAUGCUGCUAAACCAUCACUGAGCUCAGCCAGCGUCACCCUGGACCAUAACCUCUUAAAAUCCCCUAGUCCCUCUCUAGAACUUGGUACAACUCCCCCUACUGUUACCAAGAGCCCUAGUCCCAUAACUGACAUUAAUCUAAGUUUCUCUACUCCAACCACUACCAAGAGUCUUAGUCUUGUUCCUGUCUCUACUUCCAGGACCCCUUCACCUCUCCCUGCUUCUGUCACCAAGUCCCCUACCUCUCCUCUCACUGCUUCUAAAGCCCCCUCACCAUCUCUGGUCAUGUCUCCCAAGUCUCCCUCUCCCCCAGCUCUCACCAGCCCCAAGAUCUCCAGGACAGUGCUGGAGCCAGUCCCUGCAGCUGAGCCCUCUCUGGAUGAAGCCCUGGAUAAGCUGCUGGCCAUGAGUUUCACCAAGAUGGAGAACAAUAGAGUCCCUACUGAGGCACUGCAGCUGAAGGGAGGGGCACCUCAGCUGAAGAGGGAAGUGGUGCAUGAGGAGCCCAUCAUGCCCUUAGACAGAAGGGAGGUGCAGCCAGACACCACCGGGAGUAUCCGGGAUGGGGAAAGUACCCGUGAGGGGACAAUUACCCGUGAUGGGUCAGUAAUGAGUGGACACAUAGAUGGCCACAGGGAGCUCAUGGACUGGGCUGAUGUGGAGCUGAACAUGUGUCUCCAAGAUGGACUGGAUGGUAGUAUGACUCCUUAUACAGAGAGACCUUAUACAGAUGGCAGCAUGACCCCUAUGACUGAGGCCAGCUGGAUGGAUGACUCCCUGGAUGGCUCCUCCUGCCCUGGAACUCCUGAUGCUGCCAUGGACCUGCCUCUGCUGCAGCCUGCCACCAUGGACAGGGUCUCUGCAUCUGGACAUCUUAAGUCAGUGAUUAGGCGCACCAAGGAGACACCCAACGUGCACCCCAUGAACCGAGAGGGUCACCCCCGGAGGGGGCGGAUGGGCCCCAUCAUCGUCAACAAGAGCAGCUCACAGGACCGGCUCAUAGAGGAGCUGCAGGGGAAGCUGGGGAUUGGCCGAUUGGCUGACCGCCGGCGCAAGCAGCCAGACGAUUGGCUCACUGAGGGCAUCAUCGUCAUGUCCAAGCCACAGCGUUUCCGUGGCGAUGGGGCCGCGAAUGAGGUGGACAAGAUCAUUAUUACCCCAGAGUCACCUAUACCUCAGAGGAGGGUCAUUUCCCCACCCCAGUCUCCCCCAGCCCCUCGUCACCCUCCUAUUAUAGAAGAACCCAGGAGACCCCCACCUGUUAAGCAGAUCCAUGCUCCCCUACCUCCUCCCCCUCCCCCCUGUCCCCCUCCUCAACCUCCUCCACCCCAGGAACCCAUCCCUCCCCCACCUCCGCUUGUACAACCCCCACCGGUCCCAGUACAGCAGCCCCCUGCCCCCAAGCCAGAGCCCACUCUGCCUGCUCCCCUGGCCCCAGCGCCCCCUCCAACGGUGAAGUCUGCACCACCACCACCUCCCCCCAAGGUCCUGGUGUCCAUUGGCUGUCAAACAGAAUACGAUCCAAUCUUCCCUCCAAUUGAGAUCAUGGCCCAGGGAAAAGGUGGCCCAGGAGGCCCCCCAACACAGGUCAACAAGCUGGACAACAUGCUCGGCAGCCUGCAGUCUGACCUCCAUAAACUGGGUGUGCAGACUGUGGCCAAGGGAGUGUGUGGGGCCUGCUGUAAACCCAUCGUGGGACAGGUGGUUACUGCCAUGGGGCGCACGUGGCACCCAGAGCACUUUGUGUGCACACACUGUCAGGAGGAGAUAGGCUCCAGAAACUUCUUCGAGCGUGACGGAGCGCCCUACUGUGAGAUGGACUACCACAACCUGUUCUCCCCACGCUGCCACUACUGUAACGGACCUAUACUAGACAAAGUUGUGACCGCGUUGGACAGGACAUGGCAUCCUGAACACUUCUUCUGUGCUCAGUGUGGAUCAUUCUUUGGCCCAGAGGGCUUCCAUGAGAAGGACGGGAAGGCGUACUGUAGGAAGGACUACUUUGACAUGUUUGCACCUAAAUGUGGCGGCUGUGCCCGAGCCAUCCUGGAGAACUACAUCUCUGCGCUGAACUCCCUUUGGCAUCCAGAGUGCUUUGUAUGCAGGGAGUGCUUCACCCCUUUUGUGAAUGGGAGUUUCUUUGAGCAUGAUGGGCAGCCCUACUGUGAGGUGCACUACCACGAGCACCGCGGCUCCCUCUGCUCUGGCUGCCAGAAGCCCAUCACCGGCCGCUGCAUCACGGCCAUGGCCAAGAAGUUCCACCCGGAGCACUUUGUCUGUGCCUUCUGCCUCAAGCAGCUCAACAAGGGCACCUUCAAGGAUCAGAACGACAAGCCCUACUGCCAAGGCUGCUUUGUGAAGCUCUUCAGUUAGGGAGUGGAUUUUCUAUGCCUGGAGAUGUGUGUGUGUGUGGCUCACAAGCGUGUAUCGGGAAGUGUCUGUGUAGCUCUGGUAGUGUGUGCAAAUCAGAUUGUGUGUGUUUCAAUCGUUUUAGAGGGAUGUCUGUAUACUGCUGGUGUGUAUGGUGAAAGUGUGUGUGUGUGUGUGUGUGUGUGUUUCAGGUAGUAUGUGUGAGAGAUUCCAGCAUUCUCCUUUCAGCCCUUGAAGUGUAAUGGACAAUCUCAUCAGGACUAUGCCUGUGCUCUCUCUGUGAUGCUCAGAAUAGUGUGUGAUUUCAAGCCCAAAUAGUUUUGCCUCUGUUUUUGCAGUCAGUGUAAAUGCUUGCUGAACAUUGUAAGAACACAUGGAAUACGUACAUGGAAGUGUGUUUGAGGUUGCUGCUCACUGGUUGAGUGUGUCUCUUGGAAACCAUUUGAAAUGUGUCAUGUUAUUAGAUCAGGGAGCAGUUGACCUGUCAUUGUUUAGUUUUUAUAUCAGCUGAGGCCUUUUUUCAACUGCUAAAGCAAAGGCCUUGGUGACAUUUCUUUCUCUUGCUGUCUGAGUAACAGAGAACAGAUGGAUAUAAUGAUGUCAUUGUAGCUUUGACUGGAAAUAGGCUGUGGGUCAGUCAUUAUUUUAGUCGUGUCAUCAGACCCUUGUGGACUCAUUUUCACAAACACGGCCUUGUGACACACAAUCAUUAACACCUCCACACAAGCAUUUUGUGUUUUUGACAAACAUACUAAUGCUGACAUGUUAUAAUUUGAUUUUAUGUGUAGGAACAUUUCUAUAAAAUGUAUGUGAGAAAGAUAUUAAUUUACAACAAAUAAUAUUUGACUCCCUGUUUGGAAAAUAGGAGUCACAUAUAAGGACAAAUGGGCAGAUGGUUAAUAUUGUUACUUUGUCACCUUCUCUACUGCCUACUCAGUCCUUUAGAGCUUAACCCUUAGUUGGACUGGUUUGGAGUUUCCUUUCUGUUCAGAAAGUGCUCAUGCAGUAUAAAAGAGCAUGCCAUGAUAAACAAUUGAAUUUAUUCUGCAUACAGGAAACGGUUACAUUUUACUGUGAGAAUAUUGUAUACAAAGCACUGGUCAGUUAAUAGUUUGAAUAACCACUCAUUAAGAGAUAUCCUCUAAGAAAUGUCAUAGCAGAGAUGCAUUUCUAUUUUUCAAUAUCUGUGACAUUGCUGAGCCAAUGUGAAGUUACUGUGCAUCGAGUUUCACUUUUAGUAAAAUAAAUAGAAAAAUACUGCACAAGGUUAACCCCUUAUGUACGUACACACAGAUUAUAUGCAAACAAUACUGUGUGCAACUGUAAACAUUUAACUCGACAACCCCUUGACUCUAUCCAAGUGUGUGCUUUCAAGGAAUAGGCCUAUCUAUUUUUGUGCCAAUAUCAAUGCAAUGUAUUUUACACUGGGGAGACCAGCAAGGUAUCCUACUGUUUAUAGACUGGGAGUCUCGGACUAUCUCUUCAGAUUUCUGUCAGUGUGAGUCCACUGGAUAAUGUGUGUUGAUAUUGGUCUGAUAGUGGUCUCUGAGAGUGUGCACUGUGCAGGAUCUGCUGUACACCAGUUGGGUUUGUGGGCUUGUAUUCUUAUCUAUCAUGUAAUUUUAUUGGGCCUGUAUCUUGUUCAGGGAUUUACACCCAGAGCCUGUAAAUCUCUGUUCAUAAUGUUUUAUUUAAAUCAUUUAACCAUUUGUCUACUCAGAAUCAUGCUGUUAUUUAACCAACAUAACUUUUUUCUUGAAAUUGUGUCCCUUGUCACCUUUUCUCCUUUUCAUUUGUGAUGUCAUAGCACUGAAUACUGAUCCAACUCAUUUCAUAGGCUAUGCAAAAAAAAAAGAACCUACCCAAGUGUGUAUUAUUUGUGAUCAUGUUUUCCUUUGGAGAAACAAAGGCAAUUUUGCCUAUUUAUCUAGGAAUGGAUUCUGCACACUCUAUUGGACCACACUAUCCAUCUGUGACUGUGGUGAAAUCUAGAGUAGAAUGUGAUGGCAUUAUGUUCAUAACAAUGGUGGGGUAAAACUUUUUUGGCAGUGAUAUUGUGGUGUGAGGAAAGCAUGAAGUACAGACUAAGUUAUGCCCUAGAAGCAGCUUGUUUCUCAUUCAGUUUGUCCCUGGCCUUGACAUGAGAAACACUCUAUUCACGCCACUUCGAUACAGCAACAACCAGAAGUGACUUUUUCAUAGCAGAUCAGGUAAAGGGUUAAGGUUAGCGAAAAUGCUAUCCUAACCGGCUACAAAAACCACUUCCGGUUGUUGCUGUAUCGAAGUGGUGUGGAAAGUGUGUCCCGUGGAGUGAAAUCAUACAGGUGGUGGAUCUUUUGAUGGUCCUUGCUAUCCGGAAUCUUUGGGACGUCCCAACUCUGACGUUACCCCAUUGAAGUUGAAAUGUAAAAUGGUUAAGGCUAGGGUAGGGACGUUCCAGGGAUCCCUGAUGGCAGUAAGCAUAUUUUGAAACUCAUCUUUGCAAAAAAUACACAACCUAGUUAACUCUGCAUAUAAUAUUGUAGAAGGUAAAUCUCAAUUGAUUCCUUGUCUAAACUUUCCACACACCAAGGGCAAAAGAGUAGGCUAGGGUUAUGUCAAGGCGGGACACACUCUUUUGAUGCCACUUCAAUACGGCUUCGAUACAGCUACGACCGGAAGUGAUUUCCGUAGUAGGUUAGGAGAGCGUUUUUGUUAGUGACCCUAACCAGAGAGGAAGAGGCGAAGCGAGAGGUUUGACUUCUUCUU